GAAAGGAUUAUUUUAGAAAGAAAAUAGUACUAAAAGCAAAGCAAAUCACUACAGAGGCUUGCAAAACCACCUCUAGCACCACACUUUUCAGGAGAAGCCCCUGCUACAAGGCUGGCACCUGCCUCAGCGCCGAGAUCACCCCUCAGGGUUCAGAAGUCGGGGAAGUGCUAAGGUUUGAGUUUCAUUUCCUCAGUCAAGUCAGCAAGUAGUCAGAUUAACUGGAAAAGACAGGCUUUUCCAUAGGGCAAGGGAUAGAAGGGAGAAGAAAGUUUGGAGGGGAAGAAGGGUAGUUUGUGGUGGGUUUAUUUUUAGGAGCAGGCCAGCCAAGGUGCCUACAGAGAGCUGGGAAUGUCCGUAUGGUGGGAACGGUGGGGUGAACCAGCCAGGGGAUGGUUCCUCAGGUUGGUUUGUAGUGCUUGGUUAGGUCCAAGUUCUCCACUCUGGAAAAACGCUGGUACAACUCACCCAGUUUUUGCCAUUUCAGCAAAGGACAUCUGAGCUCUUGAUCCCAUCUAUGACCAUGGAGAGAGGAUCAAGCCAAAAUUGUACAACAAUUAACAUAAGAGGGUCCAAUAGAUGAACUGUUGUCUGGAAAUGCCCAUUUUCAUCGCCAGAAAGGAUAUUUUGGAUGCUAGCUCAGAGGUCUCCCUGGGAUGCAGAAUGAAUCCUGUAGUGUUUAGAUUUCGUUGGGUGCCCCUGCGCAAUACAAGGAAAAAGCCAAACUGCUAAUUGCACUGCUGGGAAGUUCUCUGCCCUUCACAGAAGAGGGUGCGGCCGCCCUUGCUGUGUUCCAGUAACCAUAGCACUUCCUAAAAUGUGCCAUGGAUUGAUGGGUGAUGUCCAAAGCUGGUAACAACAGUGAGUAAAGGGGAAAAAACCCAACCCUACAGAGGAACUAACUACGUGCUCAUCAACAGUUCCCCUUCUUAUGACAAAUCACGCUUUGCUCUCUUCUGGGGUGAACUGAUUGGCAGAACUGUUUUGCACCCCCGCAGCUAUGUUGGCGGUGGUUUUUUGUUUGCUUUGUUUUGUUAAGCCUAAGUAUAAAAUGAAAGCAGAUCUCAGCAAAGGACUUGUCUUCCUACACUGGAAGGAUGACUGGGAUCGUCCUCUUCCAAAUACUCCUGCUAGUUGGCCUCCUAAGUGCAAAGAGGUUUCAAUGUUUCCCUGAAUAUUGCCUUCAAGACAAAGACUACGAGGAAUUGCUGCAGAUUGUCAAAGAUGGGCUGGAAUCUGCAGCUCAUUCAGCAAAAGUGGUCAUCGUCGGUUCGGGAAUAAGUGGGCUUACAGCAGCAAAAUUGCUCAAAGACGCUGGCCACAUGGUUACCAUUCUGGAAAGAAGCGAUCAGGUCGGUGGGCGGAUCAGGACGUAUCGACCAGAGGGACAGGACUGGUACGUGGAGCUGGGAGCCAUGCGCCUGCCAAGCAAGCACAGGCUUGUCCAUGAAUUCAUUAGGCAAUUUGGCUUGAAGCUGAACCCAUUCAUCCAGACAGAUGACAACACCUGGUAUUUUGUGAAUGGCACUCUGGUAAGAACCAAUGAAGUGAACAGGAGACCCGACAUCCUAAACUACACAGUGAAACCAUCGGAGAGAGGCAAGAGCGCCAGCCAGCUUUACAGGGAAGCACUGAACAAGGCCUUCAAGAUGUUCCAGAGUGAAGACUGCAAAACGUAUCUGAAUAAACAUGACUCCUUCUCCACCAAGGAGUAUUUGAUUAAAGUAGGAAAUCUAAGCCAAGGAGCGGUUCAGAUGAUCGGUGACUUGUUGAAUGAGGACUCUGGAUUUUAUCUGUCCUUCCUUGCCUCACUGUGGGAUUUUGAAGUCUUCUCUGACGACAGUUUUUAUGAAAUCACAGGGGGCUUUGACCAACUGCCCAAAGCCUUCCACAAAGCGUUGCCCAAUGUCAUCCAGUUCAAUUGCACAGUGGAGAAAAUCAUCACCAAGGGAAACAAAGUUCAGGUGUUUUACCGUGCUCCAGACACUCUGGUCCCAUCCAUAGUAACUGCAGAUUACGUCCUAGUCACGUCCUCCGCCAAAGCCACCAGGCACAUCAAAUUCCUGCCACCACUCUCUCCUGCGAAGACCCACGCCCUGCGCUCCAUCCACUAUGGAAGCGCCUCCAAAAUAAUCUUGGCUUGCUCCGAGAAGUUCUGGGAGAAGGACGGCAUCCGAGGUGGACAGUCCAUCACUGACCGCCCUUCCCGGUUUAUCUACUACCCCAGCCACAACUUCUCCAGUGGGGUGGGGGUCAUCCUGGCUUCCUACACCUGGAAUGAUGAUUCCGAGGUUUUCCUGCCCCUCACAGAUGAGAAGUGCCUGGACAUCGUCCUCCAAGACCUGUCAGAUAUCCACCGCGUGAGCAAGGAGUACCUACAGUACACCUGUGACCAGUACGUGGUGCAGAAGUGGCAGCUGGACAAACACUCCCUGGGGGCGUUCGCUGCCUUCACCCCCUACCAGUUCACAGACUACUCGCAGGAUCUCUUCCAGCACGAGGGCAGGGUGCAUUUUGCAGGAGAACACACGGCUCAGCCUCACGCCUGGAUCGACACCGCCAUGAAAGCGGCAGUCAGGGCAGCAAGCAAUAUCCAUCAUGACAGUGGCGAAGCCCACGUGCUGAGCAAGGAGGGACAGUGGGAGCAGCCGGAGAGCUUCUUGCUGAAGGAAGAUCUCUGAGCAGGAUUCCUGCGCUGAACUCACUGGCUUGAAGGCACGUUUAGUGGUGUUUGUUUCUCUCCAAGCAAAGCCAACAGAAGGACAUCAGCAGCCAAGGGGGUUGAAGAACCAAACUGAAAGAACACUGACUUGGACUAAUAGCUACAUGAUUGAAGACUUCAUAGAACCAUCUCGUUUGGAAAAGACCUUUAAGAUCAUCAAGUCCAACCGUUAAUCCAGGGCUGCCAAGUUCACCGCUAAACUGUGUCCCCAAGUGCCACAUCUACACAGCUUGUAAACACUUAAUGAGGAUAGGAGGGAAUACUAGAAAAAAGUAAUAUCCAGGUAGCUUUCAUGACUCUAAUAUUGCCCUUUCUCAGACACACUGCAAUGUUUUAUAACUUACUUAUGUACAAAGUACUUCAGGAAAUGACUAAAAUGGAAUAAAGGUGGAUAUUU